AUGGUGGCACCAGGCAUUGGCGGCCUUGACACGCCGCGCACAAACAUUGGUGAUGCGACAUACCUCAGCAGACAGCCCGACUUCGAUAUUUCACAAGAGGCGUCGUUCCAGUCUCCUCCAGCGAAAGAAAAUAAUGUGCUCCAUCAGUUGCGCAACGGGCGCUCUGGGGGUAUCAACCUUCGAACCCCGCGCGGUCGCGGACCCUUCGCAGACCGAAAAAACCUGCCCGCCGGCCUUGGGGGAGCAGAGUUCACACCUAUGCUCAAGUCGGCUACGCGAAACAGCAUCCGCCGUAGAUCUGGCAAGGAGAAUGGCGCCGUGCCGAACACGCCCGCACUCGGCAGAGUCGACGAGGACAUGACACCAAUCCCCAACAUCGACACCUCCAUGUAUCAGUCUCGCUCGUUCGUGGAUCGUACCCCCCUUCCCGAAGUGGACAGCACUAGCACUGCCUCUACACCGCUUGUUGUGCUUCCGCGACGCGAUGGAAAGGGUCCUCUACAGGACGGGAACCAAUUGUCGCUUCGGGAGCAGGAAAGCGUAAUCGAUAAGAUCGAGAAGGAGAACUUUGGUCUCAAGCUGAAGAUCCAUUUCCUCGAGGAAGCCCUCCGCAAGGCCGGUCCUGGCUUCAGUGAGGCGGCUUUAAAGGAGAAUACCGAGCUGAAGGUCGAUAAAGUGACCAUGCAGAGGGAGCUUCACAAGUACAAGAAGCACCUUACAUCAGCGGAAAAGGAUCUCGAGAGCUACCGACAACAGAUGAUGGAACUGCAGGAGAGAGCCAAGCGAAAGUACGCAGACCAGAAACAACUGGCAGAGAUUGAGCGCCUGCAGCAAGCCCUGGAAGACAGAGAGGCGGACCUGGACGACAUGCAGCGCCAACUGAACCAGGGACAACAAGAUCAAGGUCAGGUGGACAAGCUGCAAGACGAGAUUGGUGAUCUGGAAGCAGAACUUCGCGAAAAGGAGCGCUUGCUCGGUGAUCACGAAGACGAAAUUGACGACCUCAAAACGAAGCUGGAAGAAAUGGAGGACAAGAUGAAGGAUACCCAAAGGCGAAUGAUUGAACUCGAACAGAACGCGCAGUCCAAUGACGACUUGGAGGAAGCGAAAGACACCAUCGACGAGCUGGAAACCAAUGUCCGUCGGCUGGAGGAGCAAGUCAACGACAUGAAAGACAAGCUCAACCAGGCGAUUGCGGACAAGGAACAGGCCAAGGGCGAUUUGGAAGAACUCCAAGACGAACUGGCGAACAAAUCCAUGGUCACCAAAGGCCUCUCUCGCCAAAAGGAGGAAAAGCUUAUACGGUUACAGACUGAGCUGGAGGAGGCAGACGCUAGAUUCGCUGAUAUCGAAAAGCAGCUCUCAGAAACGAUCAAGGAGAAUGACAGUCUCAAGGCCGCUGCCAAGGAAAGCCGUCGCGAACGCGAAGCAGCAGACCGGGAACAUCAGUCUCAGCUCGCCAGAAUCGAACUGCAGUUGUCCGAAGUGACGAGAGAAAAAGACAACCUCAAGAGCAUCGCGCAGGAGGGCCGUCAAGAGCGGGAGUUCUCCGACCGAGAACGGCAAUCGCUAUUGACUCAGGUGGAAGAUCUCAAACAGGAGUUGCAAUCUAGGCUAGACGAGAAGAACCUAUUGCAGAGCCGUCAUGAGGCGUUGACGAGCGAGUCUGCCUCUCUGCAACGUGACGUGGCACGCCUUCAGAAAUCCGUUGAUGAGUUGGAAGAAAGCCUUACCCAAGAACGGGACCACGCAUUGGAAAUUGAAAGGGAUAUUCGUGGUCAAUACAGAGAUGAAAUCGACAGGCUUAACGAUGAAAUCUCUGACCUCCAGGCCGAAAUUCGCGAGAAGGACAACUUAUACGACAACGACAGUGAGAAAUGGGAGACAGACCGCCAAACUUUGGAGUCAGAACGCAAACGGGCGGAGGAAAAGGCGGCUGGACUGGAAAGGACGAUUGAGAAGCUACGCGAAGCAGAAGGCAACUUGUCAACCAAGGAGUCAAGGUUACAAGAAGCACUCGAGAGUGAGGCCCAACGGCACAAAGAUGAGCAUACAUCGCUCACUCGGCAAAUUGAGGACCUUCAGCAUAAUCUCGAGUCUCGUCAGGCCAUGCUCACUGAGCUCCGGGACGAAUUGUCACAGGUUCAGGACGAACUCCGACAGACUCAGUUGGACUACCAGGCGCAGACGGAGAAGGUCGAAGCGUUGGAGGAUGAAGUGGAGGUUCUCCAAACGACUCUGGACGAAGAGUCCGAACACUCUCGCGAGGAGGUAGAAGCUGCAAGAAGAGAAUGCGACAGCUUACGGCAGCAACUGGAUGAAUUGCGUCGUGGGACGGAUUCGGUCUCACAAGAGAGCACCAAGUCGAAUCAAACGAUCGACCGUCUUCGAGCUCAACUCGACGAGGCAACAUCACUCGUAUCCAAGCUGAACAGGGAGAAGGAGUCGCUCCAGGACCAGCUUCAGACCCAGAUCUCAGAGUCCACUGUACAGGUGAACAAGGUCUCUCGGGAGAAACAAUCGCUCCAGGACCAACUCGCCAACCUGAACCUCGAGAUGCAUUCCUUACGCAGCUCGUUGGCCGAAGCAAGAGCGGAGCGCGACGAGGUCGAGAGUGAGAUGAAGCGUCUACACCAAAACGGCGAAGAAACUCUGCGCAUCGACCGCGAGCGACUAGACUUGAGAACGUCAAAACUGAAGCUCGACAACGAAGUACGGCGACUCAAGGACGAGAAUGCCGCAUUGAUGGAGCAAAUGCAGUCAGUCGAGAAGUCGCUGGAGGACGAGAUCGAGAAGGCUGCCGAAGAGGAAGAUCGCCUCAACCAGGAGAUCCGCCAUCUUCAAGCCAAGCUACGAGAGGUAUCUUCUUCUGAAGGCCAUGAAUCCGUUGCCACCCGACGGACCAUCCGUGAGCUUGAGCGGCGUAUCAAGGACUACGAGGACCAGCUGGCAUUGACACAACAGCUUCCCGCUAACAGCGGUGAAGGCAAUAGCGAAAUAUCCAUCGUUCGCCGUGAUCUCUCUACGGCACGGCAGAAGGAACGGGAAUACCUUCAAAGGGAGGCAGCCCACAAGGAUGUCGUCAAAGGUCUCAAGAAGCAAAUCACGGAGCUCGAACGGAAAGCUCAUGAUGCUGAGAUGUCCCGACUGGUCAUGUCUCCUGCAUCGUCCAGCCCCUCGGCUAGGAAGUCUGAAGUGUCCGAACUACGCUUCCAACUAUCUUCGGCACAACAGUCGAUCCACGAACUCAAGACUAAGGCUCGCGAAGCCGAACGCAGAGCCUCGCAACUUGAGCGAGACUUCCAAACACAGCUGGACGAUCUAGAUGACCAAAAGCUUGCUCUCGAGCAGGCCCUUGAGGACGCUCAGCGGGAUGCCGAGGAAGCUGCUGCUUUGCACGAGAAGGCUCUCCGCCGACUUAAGCAAAAACUCGAGAGAGCAGAGCAAGACCGGCAACUUGUGGCUCACGGCCGCCACAACAUCGACAAUAUGUCUUCUUCUGAACGAAGAGAUCUCCAGGAGAUGCUUCGCAGAACACAGACUGAGGCAGACGCGCUUGAACACGACGUCAUCCAGCAGCAAGAAACCAUUGAUGCAUUGAUGGCCGCCGAAGGCUCCCUCCGUCGGAAGCUAGACAGGGCACGCAGUGAGCGGGCAGCCUAUCGCCUGACUGCAGAGAAGUUGCAGAAGGACAUUAGGGACCUCAAGAAGAUUGCCGCUGCCGAACAAAAAGACCCACAAGCAGUCCGCUUCGCCGAUGAGAGAAUGAGGGAGACGGAUGAGGCGCUCGAGACAGUCAUCCGUGCCGCCGAGAAUGCCGAAGCCAAACACACCAAGGAGCUCCGCGGUAUGACGCUGCAAAUGGAGUGGAUGCAGGCGCGGUGGAAGCGCGAGGUCAGCAUGCGCGCCGACGCGGCGUACGCGAAGAAGUUCUUGCAGCUGGAGCUUGACAUUGCCAACGCAUGCAACAAGGCGCAGCUGCGCGAACUCGAACAGAUCCGCUGCGAGCUUCUCGGCAGCCGCAAGGCCCUGCCACCCCCGUCCUCGGCGACAGCGAAGAAGCAGGGCACCACGGCAUCCGGCCGGCCGACGCUCAAGACGGUGGCGACGAUGGCGCGCUUCAUCGCCAGGAUGCGCAUCUCGGCGCGUGACUGGGCCAAGCACGAGGCUACACGCCAGAGGCUAGCGAACUGCGUCGACGAGAUGCGUAAGACCAAGAGACGGAAGCAGCUCAAGGUGGUGUCGGCAGACGAUGUCGCGGCCUAA